AUGGAGAGCAGGGAGGACAAAUCCCCGCGGCAGAACCUCAUGGCAGAGGCCGUUUUGAGCGGCUCCAUGGCGCAGGAACCCAAUGGGGAGGAAAAGCCCUGGAGAUGCUGCACGAGGAGGGGCUGCAAACGCAGAUGGCGGGGAUCUGAGGGGGAAAGAGCCAGCCUGGGCCGGCAAGGCGGCCGAAGAUGGAGCCAGAGCUCGGAGCUGGUGGUCCAUGAGGAGUUUCCUGAUGGGGAGAAGCCCCACAAGUGCGAGGAGUGUGGGAGGAGCUUCAGGUGCAUCUCCCACCUGAUCGUGCACCGGAGGAGCCACACUGAGGAGAGGCCCUACGAGUGUGAUCAGUGCAGGAAGAGGUUUCAGACCAGCUCUAAUCUCCUCGUGCACCAGCGCACGCACACAGAGGAGAGGCCCUUCCGCUGCCCCGACUGUGGGCAGGGCUUCAGGCGCAACUCCACCCUCAUCAGGCACCGGCUCAUCCACACUGGGGAGAGGCCCCAGGAGUGUGAGGAAUGUGGGAAAAGCUUCAGGCAGAGCUCCCACCUGAUCAGCCACCGGAGGACCCACCCUGGGGAAUGGCCCUAUGAGUGUGGGGAGUGUGGGAAAAGCUUCAGCCAGCAUUCCAGCCUGAUUGUCCACCAAAAGAUCCACUCUGGGGAGAGGCCCUAUGAGUGUUCCAAGUGUGGGAAGGGGUUUCGGAUCCGCUUCCAUCUUUUCCGGCACUAUCAGAGUCACACAGAGGAGAGGCCCUUCUGCUGCCCCGACUGCGGGAAGGGAUUCAGGCACAACUCCCACCUUGUCAGGCACCGGCGCAUCCACACUGGGGAGAGGCCCUACGAGUGUCCCCAGUGUGGGAAGAGCUUCUCCUGCAGCUCUCACUUGACCCAACACCAACGGAGGCGAGUUCCCCGAGUGUGGUAA